AUGGCGGCGCCAGGAUCAUUAAAGAUGAAGAUCAAUCUUCGAGCAUUGGAAUCAUCGCCGACAAAUGCGAUUUCAAUUUUGGAGGACGAUUACAAAGAAUCAGAAGAACCCGAUGAACGUGGCAACAAUCAGCCAGCGGAGACGAAGAUCGAAUUGCCGGGCGAGGAUCAACCGAGCCCCGAUCAAGAAGCCAGCACUUCAUACGACAAUGAAGCAGAGAAGGUAACAAGAGAUGAUGCUGAUGAAUCGAAAGCAGAAGCCGUAAAAUCAGCUGACACCGCUGCUCCCCAACUACUGAGUAUUUCCUUGAAAACUCAUAAAGAUAAUGCAAGGAAAAGGAAAAGAAUUGGUAAUCUUGAAGAGAUGGAGGCCAUGCUGUCCAAUGAUUUUCGAACAGCACAAGAACGGGAAAAGGAACGUUUGGAGAGACAAUCAAAACGACAAAAUGAAAUGGACUACAUCACUCAAAUGGCCUUGUUGGUUUCUUCCGAAUCACUCCCGUUGAUUCAAACAAUUGCCGAUGAAGACUUUUUCGAUGAACCGGAACAGUCCGAAGAGAAGAAGUUAAAAAUGGAGCCAUCAGAGCAUGAGAUUGUCACUUUGAGCAGCGAUGAUGAGGAUGAUAUAGUGGAAUUGGGAGAGAGAAUUGCACAACGACCACCAGCAAUCGGUCAGGCAUACACGAGUUAUGGAAGGCCGAUCUCAUUGAGUAAUCGCGGUCGAUGGGGCUCUCAUCAUGAAGAAGUAGCUCAACAAAAUCUUCGACAACAACGAGAAUUCGAAAAGAAACGUUUACGCAAACGGAGAAACAGUGGCGAUUUGGAGAGCAAAGAGCUAACGGAGGGGAAGCUUUUGAUCAACUCAGGAAGGCCUGAUGGCGAUCCCCCGCUCUAUGUAGCUCCUCAUCUCACUCACACUCUUCAACCCCAUCAACUCGCUGGAAUUCGUUUCAUGUUUGAUAACGUAAUCGAUUCGGUCUCCGAGUUCAAAAAGUCUGACGGUUUUGGAUGUAUUCUUGCUCAUUCAAUGGGAUUGGGGAAAACGAUUCAAGUAAUCACUUUCUCCGAGCUCUUCUUUCGUGCCACCGAAACACGGAAAAUCUUGGUAGUCGUGCCGAUAAAUACCAUUCAAAAUUGGUACGCCGAGUAUCAGAAGUGGAUGCCAGAAUAUAAUGAGGAUGGAGAACCGAUCCGAAAAUUCCAAGUGUUCCUUCUCGGCGAUGCGAUCAAAGGAAUUGAACAAAGGACAAAAAUGAUAGAAGAUUGGCAUCGAGAUGGUGGUGUGCUUCUCAUCGGAUACGAAAUGUUCCGACUCAUUCUCAAUUCGACAAAACCCAAAAAGGAGAAAAAGAGCAAAAUGAAGUUAAACUCAUCGACUUCAAGUCUACAAAGCGUGAAAGAGAGCCAAGAUGAUGAAACGAAAGAGAAUUUGGGAGAUGAUGGGAAAACAGCUGGCCCACUAAAUGAAGCUAUCCGAACGGCUCUUCUCGAUCCAGGACCCGAUCUCGUUGUUUGCGAUGAAGGACAUAAAAUCAAAAACCUGAACACGGUCACUGCUUCGGCGUUGAAUGAGAUCAGGACAAAACGCCGAAUCGUGCUCACUGGGACCCCAUUACAAAACAAUUUGAUCGAGUACUUUUGCAUGGUGGAUUUUGUGAGACCCGCGUAUUUGGGCACAAAGAAAAGCUUCAUUCAAAUGUUUGAGAAACCGAUUAAAAACGGUCAAUGCACUGAUUCAACUCCAGCCGAUCAAAAAUUAGCUCGUCAAAGAACUCACGUGCUCACCGAGAGUCUCCGGGGAUUUGUGCAGAGGAGAACGCACUCAUUGCUGAAGGAGAUCCUCCCCGAGUGCAGAGAGUACGUGCUGUACUUGCGAAAAAGCCCCAUUCAACAUGCUCUCUACAAAGCUUUCAUCCUUUACGCGCAGCAAGAGAUCGAUACGGGAAACACUGGCACUUUCAAUCCGCUGAAAGCUUUUGCCGCCUGUAGCAAGAUCUGGAAUCACCCGGAUGUCCUCUACUCCUGGCUGCAGCGACGAAAAGAACUCGAUGCUAAAGUUGAAGCUGAUAAAAAAGCCGAACUCGAUGCCAUUCAAAAAAAGAAACAACAAAAGUUGAUCACUCAAUGGAUGCAUCCACCAAAUGAUUUCACCAAUACACAAACGUUUGGGAAUCAAUUUGGACAAAAUUUCAAUCCUCAACCCCCUCCUUACGACUUCUCAAAUCAAUCUGCUUAUCCGGGAUCUUCAUCAAGUUUCAUGAACCCAAGCCCACCCACCACAAUGCAUCAAAUGCCCGGUUUCCCGCAACAAUCGAUGAAUGACUUUGGAGGAGGAUAUCGGCAAUUUAUGAAUAUGCCGACAACUACUUCUGGCUACGCCUCACCGAUGGCUCCAUCGAGUAUCACAAGUGUCACCUUCCCGAUCUCAAUGCCCCAAAGUUCUCCAUUUGAUUCGAUCGGUCCCCCAUCAAUCCAAUCAACCUCUUCCGCAAGCAAUUACGGUUAUUCCCAAGAAAUUCCACCAAACUCUGUUAACUCUCGAAUGGCUGAACCACAACUUCCAAACAUAGACGAGCUUGAUCAAAUCUGGGCAAAUAUGGGCACAUCAAGGGAUGAUUUUAAUCAAAACUCAGUGCCUCCAAUCGAGCAGCAACUCGCCUCAAGUGUGAAUCUCUCACCUGGAAAUGUGGCUGGACAAAUGCCUGCAAAAGCUUCAGAGAAAAAGACUCGAGGUGGUCGAGGUGGUGGAAAGCCGCAAACUCUUUUGUCCGCUUUGCAAGAAGAGCUGGAUAUGGAUGUUGGACUGAAAUAUGAUUGGGCAGAGAUCGCAAUGUCGCGCUAUGAGAGAGGGACGUUGGACAAUGGCUAUAAACUGGUUGUUGCAAUGGGAUUGAUCAAUGAGGCGACGAAGAGAGAUGAGAAGAUCUUGUUGUUUAGUCAAAACCUCACCACUUUGGAUGUUCUCGAGGAUUAUCUCUCGAAAUCGAAAGUGCAGACAUCGGAUGGAUUGAACGAUUCGUGGCAAAGAAAUGUCAACUAUUUUCGCUUUGAUGGCACAACAGCUGGUGUUGAACGCGAGAAGUUGAUCACUAGAUUCAACGGCGAUCCAGCUAUUCGGCUAUUCAUCAUCUCUACGAGAGCUGGCUCUUUGGGAAUCAACUUGGUCUCCGCAAAUCGGUGUAUCAUUUUUGAUGCUUGCUGGAAUCCGUGCCACGACGCGCAAGCUGUUUGCCGUGUCUAUCGAUACGGUCAAAAGCGUCGCACCUACAUCUAUCGUCUCGUCAUGGACAACAGCAUGGAGCGAGCGAUUUUCAAUCGACAAAUCUCGAAAAGUGGACUAGCUCAAAGAGUCGUUGAUGAUGUGCAAGUGGAUUCGAAUUUGACACAAAAGGAACUCGAGACAUUGCUUGUUUAUGAGGAGGCUUUGGAUCUCCAUGUCGAUCAUCAAAAUGUUGCCGAAUGGGAAAUCGAAGAUGAGGUGCUGAAAACGGUUGUCGAUCAGAACACCAUUGCUUUUGCUGGGAAACCAAUCCUUCACGAGUCGUUGAUGUUGGAGAGUGAGGAGAAGUUGAGCGAAGAGGAGAAACGAGAAGCUCAGCUAUUGUUCGAGAAAGAGAAAAAUCGGGAAACUACAUCCGAUUACUUUGCGAAUGAUUAUCGAAUGAAUCAAAUGCCGCCAAUGGGAAUGGGAGGAGCAAUGGGAUACUCUAGCAAUUUCAAUGGAAUGGAUCCCCUUCGAUCGGCUCCACUCCCUCAAAACGUUCGCUUCAACUACAUGCGACAAGGCAUUGGAGGAGCGACGAUGGCUUCUUUGCCUUCACCAUCGUAUUUAUCGCUGCAAAAGCCCUAUCAAAGGCCUUACGGAACGAUGAGAAACGAGAAUUUCCCCGUUUAUUACAAUCAAGGAAAUAGCAACGAUGCGGGCUCGUCACGUUUCAAUCCGAGUCUUCAAUCGAUGAACCCAUUCUCACAGCCGCAUAGGAGAGAUCUCAUGAAUCGUCUCGAGUUGCUGAGAGCUGCUAAAAAGAUUGGUGAACCUGAGAUCAAAGACGAUGACAAGGCUAUUUUACAAAGAAUAAUCCUUGAGCAAGAUAUGAGACUCCGAAUUUGUCAACUUGAUGAUCAAUACGAUGAUCUCCCGCGGGGAACCGAGCUGACUCUUGUUCUCAACCCGGCUGGAACCUUUGCCAAAGAUACACGCACAACAGAUGGAAAAGUGUACAAUUGCAGGAAUACGGCGCUGGAUCUAGGUUUCUACCGUGAACCCCCAAACAGUCAAAUGAUGCCGAUGAGAGGCCCAUCCGUCAAUCUUCCCUCAUCAAAUGGAUACAAUAUCCAAGCACCGAGAACUCACGAUCAACCAUUGAGAUUCUUCAAUCCCUUGAAGGGAAAAUUGCUACAACCGGCAAACUUCGUUGGCAUGCCGCAGUUGCAAAUAAAUUCACUCUCCUCAAAUAGCGGCUCGAUGGAUGAAUGCAUUGAGCUUGAU